AUGAUGUUCCGAGACCAGGUGGGCAUCCUGACGGACUGGUUCAAGGGCUGGAACGAGUGUGAGCAGACGGUGGCGCUGUUGUCCCUGCUGAAGAGAGCAUCUCGUACCCAGGCCCGCUUCCUGCACAUCUGCCUGGAGCACUGGCUGGCAGACUGCACUGAGAUCCACAUCCUGGAGGCUGAGGCCAACAAUGCAGGUAGCUAAUGACUGCAGAUUUCUGAAGGACACAUUUGAAACCCUAUUGGAUUAGCCAUGUUGCAUUACCGGUACACACUAUCUUACGGUGUAAAAACCAUGUAACAGAUAGACCUACAAGUAAAAAAAAAGGUUAAAUAAAGAUUUUUCUGUUGUUUUUUUAACUGUAAAAAUGUAUUUUACUUGUAAAUAACUGUCCCUCCUCUGUCCCUCACCUCUCCAGACAUUGUGAGCCAGUGGCACCAGGAGCCCAUGGAGAAGGCGGUGUCCCUGCUGCUCUCCCACCUGCCCCUGCUGCAGCCCCGCAACAGCGAGGCCAAGUGUGAGUACAUGAAGCUACUGCAGAAGGUGCUAAGCUACACCAUCGAGAGCAGCCUGUUUGUGGAGGAGAGCAGACAGCUGCUGUCCUACGCCCUCAUCCACCCGGCCACCACCCUGGACGACCGCACCUCGCUGGCCAUGUGGCUCAACCACCUGGAGGAGCACCUGUCCAGCGGCUACCCAGCACCCUCCUCCCGGCCCCCCUCCGGCCCCUACCACCCCCGCCAGGGCUCAGACGAGUGGCCGGGCUCCGCAGAGGGCCUGGACCCUGGCCAUGGCUGGCUGGACAAGCCCCCCUCCUCCAGCUCCUCCCCUGCAGGGCAGAACGGACACACGUCUUUCCAGGGUGGGAUGCCCUCGCCCAUCAACAGCAACAACGCAGGUCAGUAUGGAACGCCGUUUGGGUCUUUGCGUGUCAAAAAAUAUACACGUCAAAUAACACUAUUUGACGUGUCAAAUAAACUUGUUGACCAAUCAGGACCUGAAUAUGAAUAAUUUAACAGGUUCAUACAUUUUUUUUCGUAGUUAUUACACAUUGAUUACACUAUCACUCGUAUUUAAUAUGUCACAAUGAUUCACCGAUACGUACACUACGAUGCCUCGCGCACCUGCUGCAGCACGAGCGCAGACACAUCCCCAAGCUCUGGACAGUGCUGGUCAUAAAAACAGCUAGCUGGCUGAUGGAUGCAAACAAUGUUCUUCCCCAAAAACAUAGAAAAACGACACAAUCUGUUUCAGUAGCUAUAGUUACCUAUCUAGCUAGGUGUCAUCAUCUAAAAUACCCCUAAUUUAUAAGACAGUUCUUAUUUGAUUAAUGGUGGUCGGACCCACCUAUGUGAAGCUAGCCACAAUAAGGAUAAGCCACAAUAGUGGAAUUUGCGGUUCACCUUCAAAAUAAAACUCUGUCAUUGACAGUGAUGCAAAUGAAUACAAAUAGUGGAAUUAUGCCAGAAUUGAAUAGAUCAUGCUAAACGAGGUUGGAAUGUUGUUAUAUAAAUUCAACAAAAGACAAUCAUUUGUUAAUUUGACAAUAAUCGGUUGAAAUCACACUGGAUGUAUUAGACUUUAGAAUUGCAUUGGGGGCAUACUUAUUUCACUGUACAGCCUUACCUAUGGAUUAUGGAUCAAUGACAUGGGUUAUCAGUCUACUCAGUGGCACCCAGAGAACAUUAGCGUCGUAGCUCUUAUUGCGGGAAUCUGAAACCACUGAAUUGAGCCACAUUUAUUGUACCAGUCAACCUACUAUGUGUAUUGAACACUAUUCCAGAGGAAAAACAAUAUAACAUGGAUGUUUUGGAGUCUGAUAACUGCGGAGGACGUUGGGGAAAAAAGCACUUGGGUACUGAAUCGACUGAUACCCCAUUUCAUUGAUCCCCAAUCCUUAGGUAAGGCUGUACAGUGCAAUUUGAUUGUCAGUACCUACAAUAGGCUGACUGGGGAGGUGAUUUCCCACAGUCUCAAGUCCCUGAUAAGAGCUACGACGCUAAUAUUAGCGUUAACUCUUCACAGUUGUGUUCUGUGGGUGUCACAGAGUAGACUGAUACUCCAUUUCAUUGCUCCACAUUACAACACUCCAACCUUGUUUAACAUUAUCUAGUCUAAAUAUGGCAUGAGUCCACCAAUUGAUACAAUACAACCUUUUCUUCAUGUGGUUAUGUAAUCAUGCUCAACUAUUUAGUCUGUGAUCUUCGUAAUGAUUGUCACAUCUAAAGAGUCUCUCUGUAUAGGCCUAGCCUUCAUUAAAGGGAUGGUUUACUGUGAUUAUCUCUAACAUUCUGACCCUCCUGUGUCCCCUGCCAGGCAUGGGUCAGAUGGGCCAGCCCAGUCCUCUGAAGAGGUCCUCGUCCCUAAUCCCCUCCAAUUCACAGGUCUGUGGCUCAGAUUGGCUGAGCCAGGACGACCUGGGGGGGCGACAGGCCUUUGACCACGCGCCCCUGUCCCCCCAGAGUAGUGUGGCAUCCUCAGGCAGCGAGCAGACUGAGGACCAGGGCUCCAGAAACACCUUCCAGGAAGACGGCAGUGGCAUGAAAGGUCAGGAGGUCAACCAUAAUACGCCAGGGGUCAGGGGUUCAAAGCCAACAACAGGCCAUGGGCGGGCACAUUGUUGUUGGUAUUUCACUCUGGGAAAAGCCAUGACAUGCCAACGGCUACUGCACUUGGUAAUGGUUGAAUUGCCUUUUCAGUGGGAUGCCAUUUUUUUGUCUCCCCUCAUGUUUCACUUUGUUUGUUUAUGCUUGUUGUAGAAACAUUUGACUAGAUAAUCAACUCAAAGAUAUCUCUCAAGACAUCAGAGCCUGUGAAUUUAAGAAUUUAGACUUUAUUGAAGAACAAAGCCGAGUUUGGUCCAUGGAGCCACAACUGUCUUCCUUUAGCUUAGAGCUCCCUUUUAUACACACAAAUGCAUAAUCAUGUUACAUAGCAUAUACAGUCCCUCCCCUUAGGGCAAAUGAUUAACUUAUUUUAGUACCACUCUACCUUAGCUUUCAACGUCCAGAUGUCACCUAUAAUGUACUCCAAAAGGUCAUGGGCGCUUUUCCACAGGAAGCCUCUUCCCUAAUCUCAUUAUAUUGGUAGCAGACCCUUUCCCUAAUCUCAUUAUAUGGUUGCAGACCCCUUCUUUACAAAUAAUAUACGUACAUACAUUAAGGCAUUUAUCAUUUACCACCCUCCCUGGCCCUUGAGUUUAUGUGCAUGUGGCCAUGUGUCAGGUCAUAGGGUCAUAAGCAAACAAAUGACAAUACUAGGUCCAUUAUUACUCCAAUCUCCACACAGCCAUCACAUGUCAUUGACACACCCAGACCAGCUGCAGGGAGUCCAUGAUAAACACAUAAAUGUCUCUGCUUUGACCUCUCCCUACAUUUGCCUUAAUGAUACAUGAAAUAAUACCACAUAUCCCCCCUUUGGGACAUUAUAAUAUUGUCCCAUCAAUACAAAGAUUAAUCACUCAUAUCACAAGUAUUAUAACAAUCAAAAUAAUCAAUAUCCAUAUCUAAUCAAUUAAUUGCCAUGUCAACAUCACUAAGCAUUAAUAUUAAUAAGUUAUUCAGAUCAGUCAGUCCACUUAUAAAUUAUAAUCAUAAUCAAAUGAAUUACCCAAAACAACUUUAAAAUGACAAUUCUUAAUUAGUCACCUUUGUUCCAUCAUUCAAAGUUAAAACUCUCACCUUGGCACAUAUCGAUACUGGCCGAAUGUAUAUUUAUAUUAUACUAAUUCUAGCAUUUAACUUCCUCAUAACAAGAAUUACAUCAGAUCAGUACCCUAAUGCAUUGUCCAAAUUACUAUAAAUUUAGUAGUGUAUAAUACCUCCUUAAUCAACAUACUACCUCAACUAACACUCCCUUCCUCCACCGGCACUCAAUCUUCUGGCGUCUUCAUUAUUCUUCAUUAUGUAGUUCAUAGUUCAUCUUGAAUUACCCAUAGCAAUGUCCCAAUUCCAAUGUCACACCUGAACCGCCACACCUCCACCAUCAUCCUGUUUUGUCCAUGUGCAAACCAGUAUAUUGCUUUGAUUUGAUGCUGGAUUCAGUUCUCCUGACAGGGGUGGGUCGGACAGGAACCUCUUCAACGCCUUUGUUGUUUCCUCUUCAGCCAAGUAGAGGAUUUUUGGUUUUUAUUGAGGUUUACACCGUUCUGAGCCAAUUGAUCUCUGCAAUGCAUUACGACACCAUCCGUAGUAACCUCAGGAAAGGACAGAUCAUAACAGUUCAGUUGAGUUAAUUUCCAAUCCAAAACAUCCCUAUUAACAUUGUCUACAUGACAAAUCAUUAUUAUGUUUCACAUUCUCCCUUGAAUUCUCCCCAAAUUAUAUAACCCAAUUGUUUUAUUGUAACAUUCCUAUAUUUUUCUCAUACUCUAUUUGACAUUAAUCUAGUGUUUCCCUUUCCUUGUUCCUAUUCUAACAAUUGCUUAUACUUCUCUCUUCUAAUAACACUUUCCCCUGGAAAUCUAACACCAAAUACUACAUCAAAUUGUUUAUCUAAGUCUUGGACUGUUCUCCUUAUGUCUAUGAUUCACCUGUCUCUUUCUUUCAUUAUCUUAAGGUCACACUACCCCAUGUGACUUCCCCAUUCUCUUUGUGCUGGUUUCUCACACACCAAUAAUAUUUUAACCCUUGUAUUCUAAUAGUGAUCCCUUCUGUGUCUUUUCCUUCUGCUCUUUAUUAUUAUUAUCAGUACUCCAUUCCCCUUAUUCUCAGGUAACUAGUCAAAUACAUAGAAAUCAAUGAUAAGGAUAUCUGGUGCAACUUGGAGAUCUGAAAUCUCUCAAUCCUCAGUUCCCUCACUCUGGUACAAUGGUUAAGAUGAUACCCAAUACUCCCCUCUAUCAGUACCAUCGUUGGUAUAACCUGGACAACGAUAUGUAGGUCACUUCUGUUGUUAACCUUCCCCCGUCACUAGGUUUCCGGAUCAGCCAAAGUCCCUCUCAAUCUAUCGACAUCGGUCUGUGAAAAGUGUCCUUCAAUCAGCCUACCCAUAGGGAAGCUCAGAGUUACUGCUGCAAUGACACAAGCACAGACACACACAAAAAACAACAAUGCUACCCAAUGGCUGAGGUUGGAACACUCCUAUAGUGGAAAACAUUAAUCUUAGUAUCUGUCUCCACCAGUUUUACCAUCAUUAAGGCAGCCAACAACACCUGAUACAAGCCCCUCCACAUAGGUUCCUUCCAGCUCUUUCUUCUGUAGUCUUUUGCCAUCACAUAGUCUCCAGGGCACAGAAAAUACUCAGAUUCUCCUACUCAGUUGGACAUAGCUAUCUUCACCCAUGAAAAUAAAAUCUUAAGAACAUUGUUGGGUUAGGUGAGACACAGUAUGCUACUCAUGUCCUCUCAUCCGUCAAGAGAAGCCUUGAGAUUAUGAAGCACACCUGCUUCCAGCUUGUUGUAGUCCACCUCUACACCAUGCCUCCUAUCACAAAAACAAAAAUGAUUUAACCUAACCCAUAACACAUUAUUACUACUUUCACAUCCUUAAUACACCUUGCAUAUUUCCCCACAAAACCAUAACAAAACAUUAAAACCUCUGUAAUCCCAACUUCCCCCCUUGGACACAUACAUCACAUCGUGAUUCAUGUGUUCAAAAAACAAAACAACAACAAUAUUGCCUAUUAAACCAAAAAUAAUAACUAAACUGAAAAUGACAACCCAUGAGCAUAUCUUUACUUAACUGUAUUCCAUAACACUAUUCAAUGAAUACUUCUCAUUCAGGACUAACUCUCUCACUACAUCCUUGUCCUGUUUAGACUAAUUUAUAUAUAGGAUUUUUCCAAAUUUAUAAACUUCUUCACAAUUAUCCUUAUUUUAUCUAACCCCCUAAUUCAGCAUGCCUCUAGAAUUCAUAGUGCGGGUGAUCAGGUCACACUAUAAAGCCAGGACAGACUUCAGAGGUCAUUGAAAUCAUUCAAUUAAUUGUUUCAUCCAAUAGUAUACUACUCCUAACAACCAUCAAGAGUUUUCAUAAAUGUUGUAAUUCCUUAGUACAGCUCUUUUCAAAAUAAAUCAUACAUAUUUACUUAUCCCUCAGUAGUAAAUAAAACCCAAAUUACAUGUGUAUGCCCCUUUAAGAUAUUUCACUUCCAUCCUGUCAAAAAAACCCAAAUAGAAAUAAAAAUCCUAUACAGCUAACAUUUCAUACUAAGUAGUUUGUUUGUGGUUAUUUGAACACCAUAUAAUAAAACAAUAAACAAACAAAAAUGGCCAGGCCUUAUUUAUUUUUGUAGCUCCCUAUGAUAACCUAAAAAUAAAACUACUUAAUUUUACUAACUAGCUCCACCCUAGCCGACAGACUUUUCUAACCUCCCAAUAAAGAAAUCCCCAUGUUCCUGGAAGAGAAAGUAUACAUGUCGUUAACAUAUAAUCAACAAUCCAAAGAUAGUAAUUACACACAAAACAUCAUACAUAUAUCCCCAGUCCUAUCUCAUCAACAAUCAUUAACCCCAGCAUCGAUUUAAAAUUGUUUGAUACGUCGUGUCCUACUUUACCCUUAACAUAAUAUUAUAGGAGACUCCCAUCAAUCCUUAAAAGAAAACUCCCACUUAGAAGACACUAUAUAAUAACCCAUUUUAUUAAGUUAACUACACCUUCCACUAUAAACCUAUAACCCCAUUUUAGUACUUUAAACGUCGCAAACUGUUGCAUUGAUGUUCUCUUUUUUUUUUCCUUCUAAAAUAUAAACUUAUUGUUUCAUAAUCCAAAACCCAUAAAAAGAUGUCUACUUAAUCCAUCAAGUCAACAGCAACAACUACCUCCCCAGGUUCAAUGUACUAUAAACAAUUUAUCGUUAUCUGAAGUAAUAAAACAUCAUCAUAACUCACUGCUGUUUAAACAAACUAUAUAAUGUCGUAAUAAAAUGAUCAAUUAUCAAAUAUCGUUCCUUAUUCAACUAUCGAGACAUGUUCUUCAUUAGUUAAUCGUCUCCACAAAGCAAUACUACCUAAUAUCAUAUUCUCAUUCUCCUAAGUAGAAAUAAUUACUUCUAUUAAACAAUCCCAUUCAAUAUCAAAUCAACCUGUCUCAUCACCCUUUCCCUCAUAACGGUACCUCAACAGAUGACAAAUUAUUUUAUUUAUAGUAAAAACCAAUAAAACAUCCAAUUCACCAAUAUGCAAUUUCAAUUACUAUGUUAUCCUAUUCAACAUGGAUUGGUAGGACAACAUAUUUCCUAUAAUGUUAUCAAUGAAACCAGUAAUUCACAUCAAUAACAUCAAUGUAAAAUAUUUGCUUUCUGUCCCCUACUGGAUUCGAACCAGGGACCCUCUGCACACAUUGACCAUCGAAGCACUGUUACCCGUCGCUCCACCAGUGCCACACAAAGCAUCUACUUCCAGUUCAUAGAGCAAGUGACGUCACCCAACGAAAACCACACUAGCUUUCACCGCUAACUAGCUAGCAAUCUCCUGCCGAUAACAUUUCACGACCUCCCACAAAACACGCGAUCUCCGUACACCUAACGUAACCUAUAAUGUCCCUUAUAGCGCUCUCACGUUUCAGCAAGUUUAACAUCCACAGAAAAAAUUGAAAUUCUUCAGUUUUUCCUAGCAGACGAAAUAAAACACUUUCAAACAGCAUUCUGCAUUUACCUCUAUCAUAGGGUUUAAACACCCCACUUAACAACAUUAACCAUAUUAAAUUGCCGUAGUAACGUCAUGUUUGGUUCAAUUGAUCUAUUACCAUAUAAGACAUUCACUUCUCCAUGCGUAGCAAACUAUAUCCUAUUUCUCCUGUAAUCAACUAAAAUCAUAGCCACACAAUUAAACCAUCACUCCGCCAUUACAGAAUGAAUUAACUAUCCUUUCUAAGUAAGCUACAAGUAACACCAAACACUUGCUAUAGUUUACCUCAUAUAUUGAAAUCAUCCAUUUAUCACAAUCCAAUUUAUUUAUAGACAUAUUCCACCAUUGUCACUCAUUAAAUCUAGCAAAACCUCAUCCAAUGACUAAAAAUUAUUACCACGUAGUCUCCUCUCCGUUAACAUUUUAGUCAUUUAGCAGAUGCUCUUAUUCCAAGCGACUCACAAUUAGUGUGCUCAUACAUUAUUAUACUUAUACUAGCCCCCCUUGGGAAUCGAACACCCAACCCUGGCGUUGUAAGCACCAUGCUCUACCAACUGAGCUACAGCGGACCACAGAUGAGCGCAUAGUGCCUUUUUCUGAUAAUUUUAUAAUUGUAGCCUAUUGCAUUACUUUUGUUUAAAACAUAAGUUUGUUUAUUCAACAAAUCCAGAACCCACUAUAAAUUGAUGCUAUUCCCUCAGCAUAAAAGCCAAAGCUCCUUGCAUCCCCUGGUUUACGUAAUGAAAAUACAUUAUCAUUCUACAAUUCACCAAAUAUUCGCAUACACCACUGGUGACGCAAACCAUAGAAUAAAGUAAUAACAAUUAAAAUUUUGUCAAAUAGAUGUUUUCCAUCCAACUAUUCAAACUUUCUUUAAAUAACCCUUUCAGCUCGAUACAGUCAAACAAGUAUGACUCUCUUUUUACCGGAAACUAAUUCAUGCCUUUAGUAUAGUCUAUUCACCUCUCAACAAUAACUAACAAUACUGUAUAUUCAUAAUAUUAAAAUAUCUUACUUUCAUUCCUGUCUACCUAAACAAUUCAAAUUAUGGCCAAAUCUCUUAUCCAAAUUGCCAGUCCGCUAUUCAAAUGUAACUGUCCUUUCUGAUUUAGACUAUAGACACUCCUCCUUUCCCGUUGAAUAAGUGAGUCCUUCAGUCUGAAAAGACGCAGGCUACUCGAUCUUCCAAUCUUAUCCUGACUGUUCCUUCAAUCUAAACAACCCACAACUAUAGCUAAACUAUACUUAGAAAACCUAGACUCUGUUCAGCGAUGCAGAAUCUAUGCUUUAUUGAAAUGACAAGUUAAUCCUCCUUUAUUCCAAUGAUAAUGGUCAGUAGUUUUAGUAUCUGGAACAUACCACACUUUAUCAGAAAAUAGCUUUGAAGGACACAGAUCUCACACGCUCAACGUAAUCAACUUAGCAGUCAACAAGUCAAACCCCACAUUCAUUGAUUUGGAAACAGAUCUAACGACCUAACCAAAUGAAUUAUAUAUAUGCUUCUGAAAUAAUAUUUAGUUUAUUAUAAUGUUUAAUUCUACCACCUGUCCUAUAUACUCUCUCCCAUUUCCACGUACGUCUACGUUUUUGAGCAAGUCAACACCUAUAAUUUUAUGCAAUCCCUCGUAUUAAAUCACACUCACAUAAAAUUCAUUAUAUUCCAAUUUAUAUUGUUCUUAAACGCCCUUAAUUACUUUGUAUAACCUACAGGAAUAUGUUAUUCUAUCAAAGGGCCCAAAUUUGGAAUGUUAACCCUCUCCUAGUUAUUAUUUUACUGAGGUCAAUUUAUCAUAAUAUGCAUCACCUCUAAAGUUUCUAAAUAUAAUGUCAGAAACAUACCCUAACAGAUUUAUCAAAAUACAAUGCAUACACAUCAUAUGACCACACCAAUAAACGUGACCUGUUCCUCCAACAGGUUUUAUUCUACCCCUCCUGGUAACGUGAAUUUUCUACACUCAGUUGGUCAAUGAAUAUGCACGCACCAUUUAUUCUUCUCUUUCCUAAGUGAGAUUGGGCAAACCUUUCUCCAUCAGACAGAAGCUUCAACCAACCUCAAAUAGAUUUCCCUUCCUUACAGAAAGGCUAUCUACUUGCAGGAUUUAAUAUUAUAUUCUCACUCACACAGAUGAGCAGCCACUUGUGCCCAAAUGAAUCAGACAGUUGAAUGACUCACAGCCGCACAAGCAACCCAUUCACCAUACAAGAUGAGCAGACCUACUCUUAUUUAACACUUUCUCUAUAUUUUGAAGCCCUUGUAGCUAUUUAACCCUUUCACCUACUCAGGAUGACCGGUGUUACUCCAAUUUAUGGUGUCACCUACGCCGGAUGACCUAACUUUUUUACCUGAUCUGCCCUACCUAAUAUUGACAUCAUCACAACACAGGAUGAUUCACUACUUACCCGUACAGACCUCCAACAAAGAAUCAGAGCGGUAUCCGUAAGUAGUCACUUGCCCCCUAGGUAUUACACUUCCUCAACAUACCUGGACUUCUACUACGCUUUUCCUAAGCGACCUGUCAAUUCUGCCCUAUUUUUUCUGUUACACUUCCUCAACACAGAAAAAGAAGCGGUAUUACCCAGGAUUUCUGCCUACCUAUGCAGUCCUCAAGACGAUUCACUUCCCCAACACGUCUAAAGCGGUAUCUGUAGGACUUAACAUGUUAUUGUCUGAUCGCUCAACAAGCCGUACAACCACCUGUCUCGAAAUGACCCAGACAGAGCAAUCAUCAAGAUGAAUCAACUGAAUCAACUGAAUCAAAUGAAUCAAAUGAAUCAAAUGAAUCAAAUCAAUUGAACAGACGGUUCAGACAAACAACAGCGACAUGUAUUCUUAAAUUCAAAAGCUCCUAGUGUCUAACUUUCUGGUUCUUAAAUUUGGAGAGACCUACUUGGUAUUUCUUUAGAUGUUGCCGAGCCCCGGAUCGGACCACACAAACUUUAUACUAUUUAAGUAAGAACUUGGCUUACCUUUUUAAAAGCGGCCGCUUUUGUUUGUAUGGUCCGUCCAAGCCGUUUCACAACUGCAAAUGUAUACCGUCACUGAUCCCUAUCAAGUCCCAUCUGGGGUGCCAAAUAUGUUGUAGAAACAUUUGACUAGAUAAUCAACUCAAAGAUAUCUCUCAAGACAUCAGAGCCUGUGAAUUUAAGAAUUUAGACUUUAUUGAAGAACAAAGCCGAGUUUGGUCCAUGGAGCCACAACUGUCUUCCUUUAGCUUAGAGCUCCCUUUUAUACACACAAAUGCAUAAUCAUGUUACAUAGCAUAUACAGUCCCUCCCCUUAGGGCAAAUGAUUAACUUAUUUUAGUACCACUCUACCUUAGCUUUCAACGUCCAGAUGUCACCUAUAAUGUACUCCAAAAGGUCAUGGGCGCUUUUCCACAGGAAGCCUCUUCCCUAAUCUCAUUAUAUUGGUAGCAGACCCUUUCCCUAAUCUCAUUAUAUGGUUGCAGACCCCUUCUUUACAAAUAAUAUACGUACAUACAUUAAGGCAUUUAUCAUUUACCACCCUCCCUGGCCCUUGAGUUUAUGUGCAUGUGGCCAUGUGUCAGGUCAUAGGGUCAUAAGCAAACAAAUGACAAUACUAGGUCCAUUAUUACUCCAAUCUCCACACAGCCAUCACAUGUCAUUGACACACCCAGACCAGCUGCAGGGAGUCCAUGAUAAACACAUAAAUGUCUCUGCUUUGACCUCUCCCUACAUUUGCCUUAAUGAUACAUGAAAUAAUACCACAUGCUCCAGAUGUCCAUGAGAAAUAAGUAGGACAGCGUUCUCCAACGAAUAGAUCUGAAGUGUUUAUUUUGACAUGCACUGCACAGAUGCGUCAAGCAUUCCACAGCAGUAUCUAUUGUUCGUUAGAGUUCUAUCCUUCUCGUUGUUCAGUGACUAGAGUUACAAGGACUCCGCAGGAGUAGAAUAACAACUUAUGAGCAUACUUUCUGUUUCAGAUGUGCCCAUGUGGCUGAAGAGCCUCCGUCUUCAUAAGUACGCAGCACUUUUCUCCCACAUGACUUAUGAGGAGAUGAUGAUUCUGACAGAGCACCACCUGGAGUCACAGGUUUGUCAUCGUUUGUCACAGGUUGGUCAGCUUCUCUCGUUAGUCCUCUCUUUCUUUCCCCUGCCCUCCUCAUCACUGCUGAAUAGAUACGGCCCGCUUUUUGUCCAGCAUAGAGAUACCUCAAUGAGCCAUGAAAUUAAGCAUCGCUGCACCCUACAGUUAUACACAGCCUCCCCGCACAGAUAAAAGAUGCCGUCUUGGCUUUGCUUCAUAGCUUUAAUGAAACAGAUGGUGAUCAGGAGUGUUAUUUAGUAACUGGAUAUCUGGAUGUCCGUGUUGCUGUGAGCAAUGAUUCCUCCUUUUGUUAACUCUUCGUCUUCUUCCAGAAUGUGACCAAAGGUGCGCGGCACAAGAUAGCCCUGAGUGUCCAGAAGCUACGAGAGAGGCCAAGCGUUCUCAAGUCUUUAGAGAAGGUAAAUCACAUGCUGUCACCACUAUUUUAAAAGCAUUUCAGAUGCAUUUUUAUCUGAUAAUAGCCAUGCUGUUCUGAACAACUUAACUGUUAGUUUCCAUUUGGAUCCCUGUGGCUUAGAUGGAGAAAUCCAAUUAAAUGUGAAUGAACAUAUCCACUAUAAUAAUCACCAAUAUUUCAAUUAAAAGUUGAUCAGCAAGUUCUAUGCAAUUUCCUGUCACACUUCAAGACAGCUUUGCUAAUAAGAUAAUGCUAUGAUUGAUCCAACAGGAUAUAUUGGAGGGGGGCAACCUGCGUAACGCCCUACAGGAGCUACAGCAGGUUAUCAUCACCCCCAUCAAGGUCUACAGCUACAGCCCUCCCAGUGUUUCCCACAGGGACAUGGACGGGAGUGGAUCCCCCUCAGAACACUCCAACCCUGGGGAGGACAAGGACCUGGCCCAGGAGGGCUUCCAGCCCCACAACCCCCCUCCCUGCGACGGAGAGUCCUCAGUCACACCCAUCUCAGACGGCGACAUUGCUGGCCAGUUCACGCGUGUCAUGGGUAAAGGUAAGAGAGGACAAGGCUUUUACAGGGCUGUGUACAUGUACAGUGCAUUCGGAACGUAUUCAGACCCCUUGACUUUUUCCACAUUUUGUUACGUUACAGCCUUUAAUCUACACACAAUACCCCGUAAUGACAAAGCGAAAACAGGUUUUUAUACAUUUUGGCAAAUGUAUAAAAAAUAAAAAACAGAAAUACCUUAUUUACAUAAGUAUUCAGACCCUUUGCUAUGAGACUCGAAAUUGAGCUCAGGUGCAUCCUGUUUCCAUUGAUCAUCCUUGAGAUGUUUCUACAACUUGAUUGGAGUCCACCUGUGGUAAAUGCUAUUGAUUGUACAUGAUUUGGAAAGGCACACACCUGUCUAUAUAAGGUCCCACAGUUCACAGUGCAUGUCAGAGCAAAAACCAAGCCAUGAGGUCGAAGGAAUUGUCCGUAGAGCUCUGAGACAGGAUUGUGUCAAGGCACAGAUCUGGGGAAGGGUACCAAAAGAUGUCUGCAGCAUUGAAGGUCCCCAAGAACACAGUGGCCUCCAUCAUUCUUAAAUGGAAGAAGUUUGGAACCACCAAGACUCUUCCUAGAGCUGGCCGCCCGACCAAACUAAGCAAUCGGGGGAGAAGGGUCUUGGUCAGGGAGGUGACCAAGAACCCAAUGGUCACUCUGACAGAGCUCCAGAGUUCCGUUGUGGAGAUGGGAGAACCUUCCAGAAGGACAACCAUCUCUGCAGCACUCCACCAAUCAGGCCGUUAUGGUAGAGUGGCCAGAAGGAUGCCACUCCUCAGUAAAAGGCACAUGACAACCCGCUUGGAGUUUGCCAAAAGACACCUAAAGGACUGACCAUGAGAAACAAGAUUCUCUGGUCUGAUUAAACCAAGAUUUAACUAAUUGGCCUGCAUGCCAAACGUCACGUCUGGAGGAAACCUGGCACCAUCCCUAUGGUGAAGCAUGGUGGUGGCAGCAUCAUGUUGUGGCAAUGUUCAGCGGCAGAGACUGGGAGACUAGACAGGAUCGAGGGAAAGAUGAACGGAGCAAAGUACAGAGAGAUCCUUGAUGAAAACCUGCUCCAGAGCACUCAGGACCGCGGACUGGGGCGAAGGUUCACCUUCCAACAGGACACUCAACCCUAAGCACACAGCCAAGACAACGCAGGAGUUGCUUCGGGACAAGUCUCUGAAUGUCCUUGAGUGGCCCAGCCAGAGCCCGGACUUGAACCCGAUCUAACUUCUCUGGAGAGACCUGAAAAUAGCUGUGCAGCGACGCUCCCCAUCCAACCUGACAGAGCUUGAGAGGAUCUGUAGAGAAGAAUGGGAGAAACUCCCCAAAUACAGGUGUGGCGAACUUGUAGCGUUAUACCCAAGAAGACUCGAGGCUGUAAUCGCUGCCAAAGGUGCUUCAACAAAGUACUGAGGAAAGGGUCUGAAUACUUACGUAAAUGUGAUAUUUCACAGGGGAGUUUCUUCAUAAAUUUGCUCUAAUUUCUUGAUGUGUUUUUGAUUUGUCAUUAUGGGGUAUUGUGUGUCGAUUGAUAAGAAAAAAAACUAUUUAAUUAAUUUUGGAAAAAGGCUAUAAUGUAACAAAAUGUGGAAAAAGUCAAGGGUCUGAAUACUUUCCGAAUGCACUGUAUAUAUUGCAUUUGGACAAUUGUUGCACUUGUUUGUUGUGGAUGUGAGAUGUGUGCUGGUGUGUUUUGUUUGGAAUGAGUUUUGGAGGGCGUGUUGGUGUUGUGUAGCAUUGUGUGAACCUCCUGUCCAUGUGUUGCAGUGUGCACUCAGCUACUGGUGUCACGGCCGGACGAGGAGAAUAUCAGCUGUUACCUGCAGCUCAUUGAGAAAUGUCUGACACAUGAGGUGAGACCGCGCAAAACCACAUCUAUAAAAUAAAUACAUGUAAUAUUUUUCAUAUACAGCUAGCUGGUGGUUUAAAAUGUGACAAGGCUGCAAACCAUGUGUAACAACGUAUGUUGCACAGAGAACUUUCACUGCACUAACAAAGUAAUGGAAUGUAUUUUUACUCUUCUGCUGUGUGCUCUCUCUCGCUCACCCUCUCUUUUACCUCUCUCUCGCUCGCUCUCUCUCUCGCUCACCCUCUCACUCUGUCUCUCUCUCUCUACCGCUCACUCUCUCUCUUUUACCUUUCUCUCUCGUUUACCUCCCCUCGCUCUUCUCUCGCUCACCCUCUCUAUAUCACUCUCUCUCUCUACCGCUCACUCUCUCUUUUACCUCUCCCUCGUUUACCUCCCCUCGCUCUCUCUCUCUCUCGCUCACCCUCUCUCUAUCACGCUCUCUGUCUCUCUACCGCUCACUCUCUUUUACCUCUCUCUCUCGUUUACCUCCCCUCGCUCACCCUCUCUAUCACUCUGUCUCUCUCUACCGCUCGCUCUCUUUUAUCUCUCUCUCAAUUACCUCCCCUCGCUCUCUCUUUCUCGCUCACCCUCUCUCUAUCACUCUCUCUCUCUCAACCGCUCACUCUCUCUUACCUCUAUCACUCUUUUACCUCUCUCUCACCCUCUAUCAUUCUCUCUGUCUGUCUCUCCUACCAUCUUCUCUUAUGUCUCUCUCUCUCUCUCUGUCAGGCUUUCACAGAGACUCAGAGGAAGAGGCUGGUCUCCUGGAAGCAGCAGGUUCUCAAGCUGCUCCGCCUGUUCCCAAGGAAAGCCAUGCUGGACAUGCCUGUGUACCGACAGAAAGGGUAAGACAACUGAACCUCUCUUCUCCUUUUGACCUAUCACUCUCCGGUCAUGGCAGCUGAGUUUUAGUGCCAUGUUCUCUCUGCAACUUUAGUAUGCAGUUUGUCCAGGUUCUCUCUCUCUCUCUCUCCUCCACCUGGAUUCCCCGCAGGGCUCUGUCUGAUAAUUGUUCUCUCUGCCUCCUCUAGCUGGGCGUAUGGUUCCAACUCCCUCCCCACAGCAGGCUCUGUGAGUGCUGGGGGUCUAGCACGUAGGGGGCAGAGGGCAUUCCAGAUGCCCCCUCGUGGCCUCCCUGCCGGGCGCAUGGGUCUUCUGAGUCCAGGUGGCAUCGGGGUUGCCUCCCCACGCCACACCCUCACCAGCCCCACACUGCAAGGCCAGGGCAGACAGGUCAGUCAUAGGAUGGGAUCAUAUGUCAGAUAGUCUGGGGACAUGGAAUACACCCACUGAAGUUGACUUAUAGAAACGUCAGAUUCAUUCACAAGAAAUUAUUUUCUAAGAAGUCUUUGUUAUUACAUUUACAUUUUAGUCAUUUAGCAGACGCUCUUAUCCAGAGUGACUUAGUUAGUGAGUGCAUACAUUAUUUUUUAUAUUUUUCAUACUUCCCCGUGGGAAUCGAACCCACAACCCUGGCGUUGCAAACGCCAUGCUCUACCAACUGAGCUACAUCCAUGCCGGCCAUUCCCUCCCCUACCCUGGACGACGCUGGGCCAAUUGUGCGCCGCCCCAUGGGUCUAUUGAGGGUUGCAGCUAGUUAGCCAACAUUAGAUUUGACAUUCUAUUGAUCUACACGUUAUUAUACCCACAGAGUGAUGAACUGUCCUUAGACAACAUUUGUUUUGACAGAUUAACAAGUGCAACCACAAAAAGUGCAGACAGUUUAAUCAAUGCAAUACUCAGGGCAACAUUUUCAUAUGCAUUGGUUCAUUAUCAUAGCUGGAAUAGUCUCUUUGUAAUCAUUGUGCUGGGAAGACUAACACGGUGUAGAACAUAUAGGAUGAGUGUCAUGUUUGUGAUGAGAGGUGUUCUGUUGUCCCUGUAGAACCUGUGGUUUGCCAACCCUGGGGGCAGCAACAGCAUGCCAAGCCAGAGUCGCAGCUCUGUGCAACGGACCCACUCACUCCCUGUCCACACCUCCCCGCAAACCAUGCUCCUGUUCCAGCAGCAAGGUAGGAUCCUAGCACCCCCUUCCCCCAAACAUUACCCAAACAAUUUCUAAACAUGAUAUACACUGUCUUAAACAUACCAGCCACACCUUGCUCCAAUCUCUAUUCACACUGUAUUUUGACACAUACCAUCCAUGUCUCACUACAACCUCCAUUCACAUUUCCUUUUAUAUCCCAGUGACAUCUCUUUCCAAACCCAAUCAUACAUGGUCUUUACGCAUCUCGCCCACAUAGCCUUCUAAACCCAAUUUUACACCGGCUUACGCAUCCCACCCACAUCGCCCUACAAACCGCAUUCACACUGCUCCAUAUCUAAUGCAUCUGUCAGUUUUUAAAGUGUGAUUUAUGGUCCAGAUAUAGUACACACACAAGUGGAAUAACUGAGUGACCUGUGUCUCGUCUCUCCCAGAAUGCCAUGUUCCAGGUGCAGACCUGGAGAUCAACCCCACGCUGGAGUCACUGUGCCUCAGUAUGACAGAGCAUGCCUUAGGGGGUGAGUUAAAACACACGCCUUACACUCCCACAUCCAACUUCUUGGAAGUGUUAUGACACUGAUAUUUAAAACCACAGUUAGGUUAACUGGAAUUUUCUGAUGUUAUUGAAUAGUUUAAGUUGGAUUAGGUAGAGUGAAAUAAAGUUACAAUAUGAAAUCAAAAGGAAAUAAUAUUAUUUUUGUGUUAAAUAUUAAUUUCUUCCCAAUCCUCCUUCCUGUAGAUGGAAUGGAUCGAACAUCAACAAUUUGAAAAUAAAAGCAGUGAAAAGAAGAAACCAAACCGACACUUCACUUCAACUGAGGCCUGUUCAGUUCCUCUUGCCCAGCACAAAAAUAUAUGCUUAAAAAACAAGGCGAAAUGGUCACUACAAAACGACAACUAACUGUAUAUGUUCUCUGAUAUUUUUCUACUUUAUAAUACUUAACUAAGUUUAUUAUAAAUGGAAUACAGAUUACUAUUAUAUUACAGGAGGGAGAAGAGGUUACUUGUGCAACCUGCUCAAUGUCUUCUGCAGGACUGUGACAUUAAAACGAGCAGAUUGAGGCUCAGAUUGUUGAGCUUUGAGAGGGAAAUGGAGGAUUGGUGCUGUCUUAAGGGGGUUCUACCUUACAUGUUUCUCCUCUUUUCCUCCCAGAAAAAAAAUAACACGCAGAGCCAC